AUGUUUUCGACCCCUCGGAGCACCCCAGAAGAUAUACAUGAUGCGGUCUUUCGAGCUUGGACAUCAACCUCCCAACUGACAGUCUCGAGAAUCACUGGCGUGAACGCACAGCUAUUGCCCGAAGCUGCAGAGGAUGUGACUUGUGUUAUUGGGUGUGCCAGUCACAUCGAUUUCAACCAAAUCUUGCUGUACCCGGCCCUCAGCAAGAUCCCACCGUCUUUGAUGUUCUCUAACCUACCCAAUUUUUCGAAGCGGCGUCCUGUGAAGAAGUUGAAGGGGCAGAGAGGUAGCGGUAGAGCUGAUGACGAUACUGGUGCCACGGAUCAAUGGGGAAACGGGAAUGGGAGCCGAAGUAGAGGAAGGUGUCGAUCUUUUGACAAACUACAACGUCUCUACGAUGUUCGACAGCGGCGAGCGAUUUCUGACGCGGACGGGGAAGGAUAUCUUUAUGCUUACGUUGAUUCCAACGAAGUAAAGAUGGGGAUGACGAAGAACUUCAAUCGUCGCAAGGAGGAAUGGGACAAAAAUUGCCCCCACGCAGGGAGGAUAUGGUUCCCGCCUGUCCGGGUCGACAAUAGGCGGAGAGCUGAAUCAUUAGCUCAUCUUCUUCUUGAAAUGGACAGCGUUGUCAUGCGUUCCGACAUACCGACAUCGCCGACAUACCGACGUUCAGAUGUUCUGACCUCGGCAACAUCUGGACGUUCAGACGUCCCGACAUCGGGUAUGCAUAACCUCUGCGAGGUUGCUUUAAAAACCCUCACCAUUUCCAUGAGGCGAUUGUGGGUAUGA